AUGUCCUUCCACUUCGAUACUCGCCAGGGAGACAACGAGCAGUACGGCAUGGGAUUCGAAAUCGGCGGCCGACUGUCUGACGCCUUCCCCGUGCCAUGUUCGACCCUGAAAGCUGGUGGACUCGUCCUCCUUAAGGGCCACCCUUGCGAGAUUACGGACAUCUACCCUUGCUCAUCCGACGGCUCCGUGGUCCAGAUUCUGGGAACCAAUGUCCAGACCGGAGAAGUAUGGGAGGACAUCUACCCUCUCCGCGAGACUGUCUUUGUCCCUCGCAUCCAGCAGGAUAACUACCGUCCGUCCUCAUCCAGCCGCAAGGGAAGCAUGGACCUCCAGAGCCGCAGAGCGGGCCCUGGUAGCCAAAUAAGUGCCAGGACUCGCCAACCCAGUGACGCCGGACGUUACCUCAAGUAA